AUGAUGAACAUCAUAAAGGACUCUUUCCCAUAUGGUUCUCUACUUUUGGAUGGUGAGUUCUUACAUAUGCGUUGUUGUGCACAUAUACUUAAUCUAAUUGUUCAAGAUGGAUUAAAUGCUGUAGUGUAUGAUGGAGUUAAUCGAAUAAGGGAAAGUGUUGUGUUCUGGAUUGGUUCUGAUAAGAGAGUGCAAAAGUUUGAAGGUGUAGCUAAUCAAUUAGCCUCCGGUUACAAAAGGAAAUUAACCCUUGAUUGUAAAAUUCGUUGGAAUUCAACAUAUGAAAUGCUUUGUGUUGCUAUCAAUUAUAAGGAAGUGUUUGUUGUUUUAAGUGGUCGAGAAAAACUAUACAACAACCCACCAACUCCUGAAGAUUGGGAAAAAGUUGGGAAAAUAUGUAAGUUAUUAGAAGUGUUUGCUAAACUUACCCUUGAUUUAUCUGCCUCAAAAACUCCUACGACUAAUAUUUACUUUUCUAAAAUUUGCAAACUUAAAAUUACUCUAUCUACUUGGCUUUCAUCUCCAUAUGAUUAUGUUGUGAAGAUGGCGGAAGUAAUGUUAGAGAAAUAUAAGAAAUAUUGGGAUAGUAUGAAUGGUUUGAUGGGAGUUGCAACUAUACUUGAUCCUAUGAUAGAGAGGAGUGAGAAUAAUCAAAGUAAGAGGCAACUACCUUCCAAUUUAGCAAGUGGUGGGAGUUCUUGUGAUGAUGUUGAUAUGGAAGAGUUUGCACAAUUUCUAGAGCGAGACAAAAAUCAAACUUAUGAAAAAUCUGAUUUGGACAAGUAUUUGGAAAAUGCUAACAUACCACUUGAAGAUAAUUUUGAUAUUUUAAAUUGGUGGAAAACAAAUGGAAGCACAUAUCCCGUUCUCAACAACACAAGUGGUAGAGUUCUUGAUCCUUAUCGUAGUCGACUACUACCUCAAGCCGUUGAAGCUUUAAUGUGUUCUCAAAAUUGGAUUUGGGCUGCCCUUAAAAAUUGUGGAGAAUUCAAGGACAAGGAUUUUGUUAAAAUUGUUGGAGAGCUGGAAGAAGAAUGCGAAAUGAAAUUUGAUAGACUUCGGAUAUAUGUUUGUUUGAAUAGAGACUUUGGAUAUGUGUUUUUCUUUGAGACUUUGGAGUUUGGAUAUAACACAACUCUGAUACCACUUGAUGCGAAUAUGGGGAUGGUUGAUCCAAGAACCCGUUUAAUCCCUUCAAGAAUGAUGCCAAGAACAGUCUUGACACAACGAAGAACACGAACAAGCCUUCUGUUUGUAUGA